AUGGCCCUCUCUGACGAUAACGAACAGAUCCAGCAGCGCGCUGCCGCCUGGCGUGAGAAGGCCGACGCCGCCAGCAAGCGCAAGAGCUCGUACAAAACUCUGAGCCAACUGCCUGUCGAACCGGUGUACGGCCCGGCAGACGUUACCGACAGCGACUAUCUGCGCGACGUUGGGCUGCCGGGCGAAUACCCCUAUCUGCGGGGAGUGCAUCCCACCGGCUACCGUUCCCGCCUUUGGACGAUGCGGAUGUUCGCCGGUUUUGGCCAGCCACGGGAAACCAACGAGCGGUUCCGCUUCCUGAUGGAUCAGGGCGAAACCGGCCUGAGCGUCGCUUUCGAUAUGCCCACGCUGUACGGUUACGACCACGACGACGAGCGAGCGCGGGGCGAGUUUGGCAAGUGCGGCGUGGCCGUAUCCUGCCUGGAGGAUAUGCAAACCGUCUUCGACACCAUUCCUCUGGAUCAGGUAACCACGUCGAUGACGAUCAACAGCCCGGCGGCCAUCAUCUGGGCCAUGUACAUCGCCGCCGCCGAGCGACAGGGCGCGUCAAUGGCAUCGCUGGGCGGCACCCUCCAGAACGAUAUUCUCAAAGAGUAUAUCGCCCAGAAACGAGUACAUCUUCCCGCCGGAUCCAUCCAUGCGGCUGGUGGUCGAUACGGUUGA